CCAUUGAAUUGUCGUCUUCCAUUCAUUCUCACUGCCAUGCCAUGCCCCAAAUAUAUAUACACAUACAAUAACCACAGAGAGAAACUUAAAGAAAGAAGAUCGAAGAAUUGAAGAAGAAACCCAAGAGCCAUGGAGAUGAAGAGACGAAAAGGCUGCAGCAUUUAUGUUCGGCAAUGGUUUUCGGCUGUUUCCAUUUUUGCCCUCUUAUUGCAAUGCUGUUUUUCUGAUUUGGACUAUAAAGAAGCCCUUUCGAAGAGCCUCUUGUACUUCGAGGCGCAGCGCUCCGGCCGGCUGCCGUACAACCAGAGGGUGUCCUGGCGCCACCACUCCGGCCUCACCGACGGCCUCCAGCAAGGGGUGGACUUGGUCGGAGGGUACUACGACGCCGGCGACAACGUGAAGUUCGGUCUUCCGAUGGCGUUCACGGUGACGCUCUUGUCGUGGGCGGUGCUGGAAUACGGCAAGGAAAUAGACGCCGCCGGCGAGUCCCGCCACGCUCUCGAGGCCAUCAAGUGGGGGACUGACUUUUUCGUCAAGGCUCACACUCGUCCUCAUGUCCUUUGGGUCCAGAAAUUAUUUGAACAACAUGCACAAUUUGUUCGAAAAUUUAUGAUGUGAUAGAAAUACUUGUUGACUCUGAUUUUGGGAAGGAAAAAAUAUUGCUUUAUUGAAAAAUAAAAAAUUAUUAACAAUAUACAUUUGAAUAAGUGCAACAAUAAACUGAAAAGAUCGAACAUGACCUAUAUGUUUAAUGCAAAUAAAUUCAAUUUUGUUAGAUAAAUUGAGUUCGAUUAAUUGGGUAAGUCUUACUUGAAAUGAAAAGAUUAUUAGCCU